AUGUUACAGAGAGUAAUUGAGUCAAUCGAUGACAUUGUGCUUCCAGUUGAUUCAGUUUUUGAAGAGCCUGUAGAAAAGGUGAAAUGGCUUGCAGGGUACGUCACUGAAUGCGAAGUUGCAAAGACACAGGCGGAAAAAGAGUUGGGAGAAGUAAAAGAUGAAGCCAGUAAUUUGGCUAGCAAUUUAGCAGCAGCCCAGAAAACCAUGAAAUUACUAGAAGAUGAAUUGUCAAUGGCACAGAACAAUAUUUCUCAAUUUGCUGAAGAAAAGAGAGAACUAGAGGUUUCUAAGAAAUAUGUUGAACAGGAAUUACAUAAAGCAGUAGAGGAAGCUUUAUCUCAAAAUAGCAAGUAUGCUGAGGUUUGUGCAAGUAGAAAGUCACUUGAAGAUGCAUUGUCACUGGCAGAAAACAAUAUCUCUGUGCUAAUAAAUGAGAAAGAAGAUGCUCAAGUUAGUAGAGCUGCUGUCGAGCUGGACCUACAGAAAGUGAAGGAGGAAGUUUCUAUCAAUACCAGCAAACUAGCUGAGGCCGACAGAACUAUCCAAUUCCUUGAAGCUUCAUUUUCUAAAGUGCAGACAAAUUUUGCUCUUCUUGCCGAGGAAAACAGUAAGGCACAAGUUUGUCAGACCGAUUUGGAGAAGGAGAUACUAACACUAAAUUCCAAAUUAAAUGCAUGCAUGCAAGAGUUGGAUGGAACUCAGGGCAACAUAGAAAACAAGUCUCUGGAACUCUUUGGUCACCUUAACAAUCUUCAGUUGCUUCUGAAAGACGAGACUUUGUCAUCCUUAAAAAGUAAUGGCUUUGAGAAAAAAUUUGAGAGCCUGAAAAAUAUGGACCUCCUCCUUGAAGAGAUGAAGAAUGAGAUGGAUUUAGAAAUGGCACAGAGUAAUCCUAUGUUAGAGGAAGAUUCCUCUCUGCCAGAGUAUUUCCGAGAUGCCCAUGCCCUUGACAAUGUUGUUAACAUUGAAAUGGUUAAUGGUGAGGUGAAUGCAGCAGAUGGUGACAGUAUCAUGAUGUACAUUGGAAAAGCAGUGGAAGGAUUCCAUUGGAGAAACAAGAUUCUUGCAGAAAAGUUUGAAGGUUACUCCACAUCCAUGGAUGAGUUAAUUGCAGCUUUAUUGAAGAAAUUAUGGAUAGCAAAGGAUAAAGUAACAGUUAUGCUUGAUCACAUGAAAUCUUUGAAGCAAAAAGUGAAUAAUAUUGAAGCAGAUAAAGAAGCUCGGGUGAACACCAUAGUCAUGUUGGAAAAUGACAUCAAAAGUAUUCUGUCUGCUUGUGCUGAUGCCACUUGUGAACUUGAGAACAAUCUAUCGGAACUGAGCUAUGUUCCUGAGCUCGAAAAACUGAACCAUAACUUAAUCCCAGAGGUAAAAGCUGUCAGUGGGGAUGCAGUGGCAGGGCAUCAGCUAAGGAUUGAUGGCAUCAAGCAUGUCAAGACAGCUGAGAAGCUCUUAUCAGAUACCAAAAAUGUUCAAACUCUGUGUAAAUACUUUCAUAAUGUAAAGAAUGNAUCAGCUAAGGAUUGA